AUGCGUCGAGCUGCCAUUCAAGCUUUUCGGAUUUCGCGACGGUCCUCCAUUCGAAGAACGGCGGGCAGCAAAAGCACGUUCAAUUUCUUGAACCAUGGAUUGAGUCUGCGUCCUGCGGCGUCCGUCAGGAGGUACAGCAGCGCUCCUGUUUCCUUACACUCUUCCAUGUACUUUCGCAACUUCUCUCUCGCCUUCGUCACCUCUCUUGUUGCUGGGGGAGCUUACUACGCAUAUACUGGAGAUGGACCAAAACAGCUGUUGAGGACAGAUGCAGCCGACAGUGUUUCACCCCCACAAACAAGAGCACUGACUACUACGUCGAAUGCUUUCGCAGAGGCUACUGGAAAACCUCAACACCCUCCCUUAGCCGCAGCGGCCACCGAACCGAGUCGGAGAGCUGUCGUUGUUGAUAACGAUCAGUUUUACACGGGCUCGAUUGUCGGUGAUGGACCGCUCUCCAAAGAUACCGAUGACUUUGGCAGAAAGGUGUUGGAGAUGAUGACACCUGCACAAGCAACAGAGAGACUUCGAAAGAAUGAGGAAAGUUACCUAGUUGAGCGAGGUAAAGGGGUCGUGAGAUAUGACAUUGUCCAGCUCCCCUCCAAUAAUCCUAUCGAGGAUGAUCACGCCGAGAAGAUUGUCCAAGUUCCUUCAACUGUCGCCGCCACGGACAAUGGCGCUCCCAGUUCAGACUGGAUGUUCUGGGGUGUCUUUGAUGGUCACUCUGGUUGGACGACCUCUGCCAAACUUCGCCAAGUCCUCAUCUCCUUCGUUGCUCGCGAGCUCAACAGUACAUAUAAAGCUGCUUUAACCAAUACCGUAUCACCAUUUCCACCAGCUUCUGCCAUUGACGCUGCUCUAAAGACUGCAUUUGUAAAACUUGAUGACGAGAUAUGCCUAGAGAGUGUCAACAAGCUGACGAAAAAUCCUUCCAAACGACUCGGGGCGGAAUUGCUUGCCCCAGCUCUAUCGGGGUCUUGUGCCCUGCUGUCAUUCUACGACACUCGCAGCAGGACCUUCCGUGUGGCUUGUACUGGUGACAGUCGAGCCGUGUUGGGAAGACGGAACCCUCAAAGCGGAAAAUGGUUUGCGACACCUCUUUCGGAAGAUCAAACUGGCUCAAAUCCUAAUGAAGCAGCGCGAUUAAAAUCAGAGCACCCUAACGAACCCUAUGUAGUUCACCAUGGCCGGGUGCUUGGACAGCUUGAGCCCACUCGUGCUUUCGGAGAUGCAUUCUACAAAUGGUCUCGGGAAACGCAGGACAAGAUCAAGCGCCAUUUCUUCGGAAAGACGCCUCAUCAAUUCUUACAAACGCCACCAUAUGUGACUGCCGAACCGGUUGUUACGAGUACGCAUAUUGAACCCGAAAGGGGCGAUUUCGUGGUUCUCGCCACCGACGGAUUGUGGGAAAUGCUUAGUAACGAGGAAGUCAUUGGACUGGUGGGCCAGUGGAUUGAGAAGCAGAAUUCUGCCCAGUCAAACUCAUCCAGCACAGCUUGGUUGACAUCGUGGUUCAACCCUUCCAAGCCGCACCUACCUGUGGAGAAGGGAGGAAAUAGUGGUAAAUCCGGUCUCACUGAAGAUAACUCUGCUGCACCAAUCAGACAGCAGCAAUGGGAUAUAGAUCACGCAAACGAGGCAAGGUUUGUGGUGGAGGAUAAAAAUGCAGCAACUCAUUUGCUACGGAAUGCUUUGGGUGGUAAAGAUAGAGACAUGGUUUGCGCACUGUUGACAUUGCCCAGUCCAUACUCGAGACGAUACAGGGACGAUCUCACCGUUGAAGUUAUUUUCUUUGGCGAAGGCGAAGCUACAGGAAAUGUGCUUAUCAACAGAGACGCAACGGCUAUCUCGAGCAAUGGUGAACUGAAGGCAAAACUAUGA